CGCCCCCAGCCGCUGCCGCAGCCGCAGCCGCCGCCGCCGCGUUUCCUCACAGCCGGAGCCGGAUCUCUGUGGCAGGACGGUUCAGAUUUCUCCAGACAGCACUUUGGGGAAGGAUUGGAUAAAGGAUGAAAACGCUUAUUCUACAGCUUGAAUGCGGUGGCUGGGCUUACCUGCCUCUCUGAGGUCAUAGGAAACCCCGCCAUCACCUUGAUACUGCUUUUUGGACAUCAUGAGGCAAGAAUAGUAAUCUCUCCCCCCCAUUUUCACAAUGGAGGACUCGGGAAAGACUUUCAGCUCCGAGGAGGAAGAAGCUAACUAUUGGAAAGACCUGGCUAUGACCUACAAGCAGAGGGCAGAGAACACGCAAGAGGAACUCCGAGAAUUCCAGGAGGGAAGCCGAGAAUAUGAAGCUGAAUUGGAGACGCAGCUGCAACAGAUUGAAACCAGGAACAGGGACCUGCUGUCAGAAAACAGCCGCCUUCGCAUGGAGCUGGAAACCAUCAAGGAGAAGUUUGAAACGCAGCAUUCUGAAGGCUACCGGCAGAUCUCAGCCUUAGAGGAUGACCUUGCCCAGACAAAAGCCAUUAAAGAUCAACUUCAGAAAUACAUCAGAGAGCUGGAGCAAGCCAAUGACGACCUGGAAAGAGCCAAACGGGCCACGAUCAUGUCUCUUGAGGACUUUGAACAGCGCUUGAAUCAAGCCAUUGAAAGAAAUGCCUUCCUGGAGAGUGAACUGGACGAGAAGGAGAAUCUCCUAGAAUCUGUUCAGCGACUAAAGGAUGAAGCCAGAGAUUUGCGGCAAGAAUUGGCUGUGCAGCAAAAGCAGGAGAAACCCAGGACCCCCAUGCCCAGCUCUGUGGAAGCUGAAAGAACGGACACAGCUGUACAGGCCACUGGUUCCGUGCCGUCCACCCCCAUAGCUCAUCGAGGACCCAGCUCUAGCUUAAACACACCUGGGACGUUCAGACGUGGUAAGGAGGAUGGGAAUCAGGAGGGUUCUCUUGGCUUCACAAAGCUUUCCUGGGUGAGAACCGGGGCGGGUCCUGGGUGA